GUCCUGGUAUCUAACCACCUGUGCGUGGUAGACAUUUGUUCACCGUGACGUUACAAGAUGGUCUAUGGUAAAUACCUACGUGCUUUUGUGAUCGGAAUAGUCCUGGUUAGCUUCUCAGUAGCAGAUGGCACGGCCGACUCAUCUUGUAGUGAUAAACUCGACAAUUGUGCUAGCUACGAGAAAUCCUUGUGUACCGGGAGCUUCAGCGGUUGGGCGAGAGACAAUUGUGCGUUUACAUGCGGACUCUGCGAUGUUGUGUCCAACCACUGUGUUGACAUACUCCCCAACUGCAAAGCCUAUGGAGAUGGUGCUUGCCAUGGUGACUACAGGCCUUGGGCAGAGACAAAUUGUGCUUCGACAUGUGGGUUAUGUGAUUCCAACACUUGUAAGGACAAACUCGACAACUGUGAAUCCUACGGCCCCGCAGCAUGUCAUGAUCAAUACAUCAUCUGGGCAAAACAGAACUGUGAACUCACAUGUAGACUCUGUGAUGUGGGACUGACUGGUGUCUAGCCAACGACACCGAGGGACACUGGUACAAUGAGAAGUAAUUUGAUUCCAUUUGUGUUUUGUUUUCCCUUUACAUAUAUCAGUCAGCACAAAUAAACUACAAUUUGCCCAA